CAGCUGGUAGUCGCCGCCCCGCUGAGGAGAAAGGCCUAGCCCCCGUUGCUUCCUUCCUCCCUCCCCGGCCGGCAUGUUUGUUCCUUGCGACUGUGGCGGGGGCUCCGCCAGCUCCGAUUUUAAAGGCUUCACUCUGUUCAUGCCAGCAGUGUCAGUGGGAAAUGUUGGUCAAUUGGCAAUAGACCUAGUGAUUUCCACACUCAACAUGACUAAAGUUGGUUACUUCUACACUGAUUGCCUGGUGCCCAUGGUUGGAAACAAUCCUUAUGCAACAGCAGAAGAAAACUCAGUGGAGCUGAGUAUAAACGCUGAAGUGUAUUCAUUACCUUCAAAGAAAGUUGUAGUUCUGCAGAUCAGAUCACCUUUUAUAAAGAACAAGUACAGGCCAUUCUGUCAAACACUGCUUUCUUGGGUGAAAAACAGCAAAUGUGCCAGAGUUGUUCUCCUGUCUAGCAGCCAUGCAUACCAGCGCGAUGAUGAGCAACUUCUUGGGACACCACUACGCUACCUACUUACACCUGAUCUUGAGAAAGCAGUUGGAGGCCUUAUGCAGGAGCUAAACUGGAAAGAAAUGGAAAAAGUAGCAGCUUACCCUGGAAUAAAUGAUACAGAAAAAGUUCUGCAUAUUCCUGGAGGUGGCAUCACAAAACUAUUAUUUACUGAGAGCUGUUCAAAAGGAAUCCAAAUGGCAGUUCUUCUGAAAUUCUGCUCAGAAGGGGACAACAUCCCUGAUGCGUUUGCUCUUGUUAACUAUCUGAAUGAAUGGCUCCAGCUAAUUAAAAGUGACAGCAACAAUUCCACAGAUCCUUCUACACAAUGGAAAAUGCCAAGUUCUUGGCGCUUGCUUUUUGGCAAUGGUCUUCCACCUGCACUCUUCUGAUCGGUUUUGAAUUCUUCUGUAAGUCACAUGUGCAGCCUCAAACAUCCCUUGAGAAGGUGAUUACAUAAUAAUUGCCAAGCAACAGCAGCUCAAUUUGUUGUGUAUAUAAAUUCUUUUAUUUAAGAAAAAUUCCUUUCACAUAUGUGGGUAGCUAAAGAAACUAAGGUAACUUUCACAAAUUGACCAAAGAAAUAUGUUUUGUACAGUUGUUUAUUGAAUAACUUUGGUUGAAUUUUUUUCUAAUAAAAUAUUUUUUAAAAAAACUUUUGGUUAAGUGUUAUUGCUAUGGAAAAGCUUAUGGUGCACUUUCUUAAUGUAGCUGAGAACUUGAGAUUGAUGUGCAGGCAUAGAUUUUCUUAUGAAGAUAAAACCCUACUCUUCCAUGUCAAAUGGGUACCUUGGCUUUUUUUCAAAACUUUCCUGGUGACGUAAGCAAAGCUCAGAAGUGACUAGUUCUGCCUUCUUUUCCCAGUGUUGUUGUGGUAGUUUCAGCUGGGGAGACUGCAAGUGAUCUAGCAGCCUGUUCUAUCUUUUCUGGUCUACUUCCAUUGUAUAAUUUCCAUUCUGCUUCCAAGGACUGCAGAGAUGCUAAAACUAAAGCUUUCUAGGUAGAUGAGCCUUCUUAGACUGAUUUGAGGAUGAAUACAGUGCUCUGAAAUAUAAAGGAAUUAAAACAUUGCCCUGAUAGUAGGCAGUCUAGUAUCUGUAUAUUUUAUAAGCUUAGUGUGAGGCACUAGUUAUGUGAUGAGUAAUUCCUGUUUGUAAUGGUACUUGUGUUAUUAAGCUACAUGUUCGGUUUUGAUCUCUUGGAAGUUCUUGGUGACAUCAGCUUCUUUAAAAGCAAUUUUAAAUCUAGAAUUUCUAUGUUAUAGCUUAUGAAUUAAUAGACAUGACAUAGAUACAGGCUAUACUUUUAAAUAUUUACUCUGCUAAAUCAAUUUUUUUUUUUGUGGUAUUGUCAUGCUGGUAGUACAAAUGAUGAGGAAAGGAACAAUAGUAGUCCUGAAGAGAUCUGUUAAAGGUGUAGGCAUAAGAUUCAGUAGCCAGCUUUGCUUGAAAACUUGUGCCUGUUGGUAAAGAUGAGCAGUUCAGUCUAACUACUCAGUGAAUGUGACCGAUCACCCAAAGGAUACGAUAGCAUUCAUCUUUUUUGCGGUUUUGAAAGUUUGUGAGGUGAGAAUCACAGUUAAUACCUGUCACAGAGGACUAAAGUUUGAAUGAAUGUUCAGUUACUGUUCUUUUUCCACAAAACAGUAAGAAAUUUAAGUGUUUCCCAGUCUAAAGCCUGCUUUGCAGAAGCAGAUAAUGCAGGGCAAACAACCUUGGAGAAUUAGUACGUGGAGCAAAUGCUUCAUAUAAUCGUAUGUCCAAAUACCUUCAAAUAAUGUCUUAAAAUGUAGGCAGUCUCAAGUUAAAUGUUGUAUUUGAGUCAGUCACAAACCUAGAUACGUGUGGAACAAUGUGAGCAUGAACUAACUGCUGCUGGCAUUAGGAGAACUGGAAAGGCUGCAUGAUUACUUAACCACAUCUGCAGUGGUUUUGGUUUGGUUUUUUUUUAAUGUUUGAAUUGUAUUAACACCAAUGGUUCUUAGCACUAAAUACCAUGCUAGAAAUGCAAAGUAAUCCUUUGCUCAUAUCAAUAAGCUUUUACAGUAGUAAUGCACAAAGAUGCCAUGUUUUAUGGUGUAAAAAAUGAGUUAUGAAUAGAUUUAAAGUGUUCAGGAAUGACUGUGAUUGUGAAUCAAAAGAAACUUACCUGAACAAAAAGCAACUUGCAUACAACUGGUAUGCAAGCUACAACCAGAAGUUGAACCAAAUAAUAACAUGAGUGAAAAGAUCACAUUAGUCCAAGCUUCAAGAUUUAUUUUGGCUCAUGGUCUUGUCGUUGUUUUAUAAGAAGGUUGAGUUUCUAUAGGCAAAUGAAAGGCUAAGCCAUUUGCAGCCUGCGUAUGGACCCUGUCAUGGUGAUAUUUCAUGCUUGCAAAUACUGUUUAUUCAAAUUUUGCAUUCUUAAAAAAGGAUUAAUGACCUAAAUAUUCUUCUGAUGUCAUUCUUCAUUGUGAUGGAUUCUCAGAUUCUCUGUGAAUAUAAUACAUCACCUGUAUCUGAACAGCAGUGAGCACAGAGAGAUUUGGUUAACUGUUACACGAGUAUAAAUUCCUGCUGUACUUUAGUUUGGAAAGCUGAAUCUGCCAAACUGGUUGAAAACUUUUGCCUUGAACCAGUAAGUACUUAGAAUACUUCUUAACUUUAAGCACAUAGGCCUGUGUAAAUCACAAUAACUGCUUGCUUGUUUUUGUGCACUGCUGAAUCUGGAACAGAGUAUUCAUUUUCCUUGAUUAGAAUCUGACCUUCUAAAAAGUCAGAAGUUGAAGCUGAUCAUGGUUCUGGUUUGGGCUUUAGACCCGAAAGCCAGCAGGGUGUAUCAGAUUUACCGGUAAAAUCAGCAGCUGACCUUGGAAUGAAGCUGUCGGAGAUACUGAGUUCCCCCUUCCUCUGCGUGGUCUAGUGACCAUGUUUGGUUUGAGUUGGGGCUUUGCUGAAGUACUAGAGAACAGGUCAAGAAAGAAUGGCCUAGCAGUUUAAACAUCAUCUCAGAACAUAAACUGUUAUUUUAGAAGAGUGGAUGGAUGUGGGUAAGAACACUUUGAUCUGACAGCUGCUACAUAGAAUCAUGGCUUUUAAAGGGGGCAAAAUACUUAACUUGUGAAGUUCUCUUGGAAUCACUGAGCAAACCAACAUGAUGGAGAUGGCUGUUUAAAUCAGCUGUACCUUCUUGAAGCUUUCCUCAGAAGAAAACUAUUCUUCAGAAAGGGAUGAAUGCCUACUCUGCAUUACCUUGGUGUAGGUCCUUCUACUAGAUGAGCAUUGGAACAUUCCUGCAUUUGUGCAGGGCUCAGAUAAUUAUGACUGUAGAGAAGCAGCUCUGAAGGUAUGUAUUUUGUUACACUAACUUGCAAGACACUGAACAGUAUCUAUCAAAGAGCCAGCUCUUCAACCACAGCUUGUGUAUUGCUUACAUGAUGAGUAUGGCUAUUUGGAAAUAGUUAUAUGUGCACUGGAGAUGUUUCAGGAGGCUUUUCCAACCAUCAUAGGAUGUUGCUGUGGGGGGAAAAAAGGGGUUACCGACAGGCACAAGCUUUUUAAGUUUCUUAGGGCUUUGGGGGCUUUUUGUUCUGUGGGGUUGGGGGGGGGGUGUUUGUUUUUUUAAUAAGGUGAUUGUAUAAGCUUUAGUUGGCUCCAAGUACUUAGUUCCUCUGGGAUCAAAUUAACUGCCUAUUCACAAGUGUCCUUAUUCUAAGACCUGUGAACUUCAGCCACACUGCAGUAAACUUAUUAAACAUCUCUGCCAUCUGCAGCCUGGUGUUCUAGAUGAUGCUCAGUACUGCAAACAAGUUGUGGAGUACAUGUGUUGUAUUGUAAGGAGUUCAUUUGUAUACAGCCUUUAAAUAACUUGUAUCAUACAAAUAGCAAAUCCAAACAGGGUUUGCUGCAGCUGUUUGACACCACAGGCAUGCAACUUUGUUCAAAAUCCGGAAUAUAUUGUGCAGAUCUAAAAUAUGCAGGGUACUAAAAGAACUUGAAAUACUGAAGUCAAGUUCUGUGGUUUUUAAACAGUAAAUUAAAAAAAAUCUGAAGGGUAAAACCUAAUUUGGGCAACAAGCAGUGUUGCUUGGGCAUCCACAGAAAGUUAAUCAGGUAAGAAAAAUUUCUAUUGGUUGUAUUAAUCAGGACACAGUCUGAUGUAUGCCCAGUGGCAUCUGAGAAGCCAUAGUUCAGAAGGUAUUUAAAUGCAAAACUAUAUUAAUCAAAAUCAAAGCAGCUGUGAUAAUAGAUUAAAUUUCAAUCAAAAUUAGAAUGGCUUGGAACAAGGAGAAGCAGUGAUAAAAAGCUAGAGCAGGAAAAACAAGGAUUCUGAAGCAACAGCAAGGGAGUGUUUGACCACCAGACCACAGCAAAGCAGCAUUCAGAAUUUUUCUGAAGCAUGAGAGUUGUUUCUUCUUUCCUUCUUUUACUGAUUAGAGAUAAUCAGUGCAAUUUCUCACAGAAAUAUUCUUGCAAAUAGCUUAGACAUAGUAUUUUUUUUGCUGUCAUUUUGACUAAACCAGUACUGAUGUUACAAGGUUUGCUCAGGUUGCUUUUUUUUUUUCAUAAAGAUCAAGAUUUUUUAAAAAACAUCUUAAAAAUUAAAUUCUUUCAACUGUUUACAAAUAAAGCAAUGCCAUUAAGCAUGGAAACCAACCAAGAUUCUUUAACACUCUAGGAGUGUUUCUGCAUAUAGAUAUGCCAGUAGUCUCUUAUGAUUUGUGUGCUCAAAGGCAGGGCAGGCAGGCGGCCAGACACUGCGCUGACAACCUGCUGUGGAGGUUAACAGGAACUGAGAAUGAAAUCACGGUUUCAGAGAAGACACUGCCCUACCACCUGCUGUUCCUUUGGUAGUUAUGCAUCUGAAGAAGACCUGUUUGUGCACUAACUCAGAGAAUACAUCAUGUGAAGGCAUCAGGUAAGCUCCUAAUUAUAACAUAAUGGCAAGAUCCCUAAGAAAACAGGAAGUAGUACUUGAAUGUAUUUUAACCUAAAAGCGCCAUCAUGUAGUUAACCAGCGGUAGCUAGGGUGGCUUUCCUUCCCCCCUUACCCUUAAGAUAUUCUUUUACAGCUUCUUAACCUUUUCAUCCAAAUUUUGCAAUAAAUUUGUGAGACUCAGGCAAUGGAAAAUACAAAAUUUUAUUAAGACAUGUUGGCCUUAUUGUCUGCUCUUAUUUCUUGGACUGACUGACUUUUAUAUCCAUGCUAGUCACAAGCAGUUCUCCACUGCUGUCAUCUCUCUUCAGCUAUUAACAAGAUGUAUGAGUCAUGAAAUAUAAUAUUUGCAAGCAGUUCAAAGGCUUAAAGUUCUUAUUUUAUCACUUGGAGCUCUUCUAAAAUUCUCCAUGGUCUCUAAAGUUAUGAUGAACUCCAUGCUCAGACUUGCAUGAGCCUUCUCAUCUCCUGAAUUUGUCCGAUUUCUGCAUUGCACUGUUACGAGUAGUCUUUCCCUCUGGAGUGCGCAGAUCCUCGGAACAAGGACGAGUUAAACUACCGUGUCCUCCACCUAGGAGGUUUUAUGUGUGACAACGUUAUCUUUGUUUGUUGGACUGGUGGUUUUAACCAGCAAGAUGCCUUGGCUUACCUUUAUCAGAGAUUCAUGGGUGUAAAAAUGAUUCCAUAGCGCACUCUCCAAAUUAGGAAGGAGCAGUACACAAUUGAUCAGUGUACUGCAGAAAGGUCAGUUCUAAAUUUGGGUUAUAAGAUACUUAUUGAGAGUAAGGAUGAAGCCUUGACCAUUCCAGACAGGCCACAAACUUUUUUUUAACAUACUGUGAAAAAUAAGCCCUUCGGCACAAAAAAUGGUAAGAUUCCCCAGCAUAAGUGCUCGUUAUUUAAAAAAUAAAAAUCAGGAUCUGAAUUGGGGCAUCUGCUAUCUGAUGUUGCAACUACAACUACUAAGCAGUUACCCAAAACCCUCCAACAGAGGCUUUCAAAAUGACACAGUUGCAAUGAGUUUCUGGGAGUUUAAAACUGAUUAAUAGAGUUGUGAGAUAGAAACAUGUUUUACAGACAUAAAAGCAUACUGAAGCUUUUCUUCAAGUGCUGUAAGCAAGAAAAGCAAAGCAGCAGAGCUUAUUUUUUAAUCAGAAACUUAACACGGAGCAGAAUGGGAAGUAAAGAAAACAUGGGGAAGCAGUAAUGAGCUGUCAAAACUGGUGGCAAUUCCUCUUGGGUUCCUCUUCAAGCACAAUGCCAAUGCAGCUUGUGUUGCUAACAAAAAAGGGUAGGAAAAGGAUUCAGUGUAACUCAGGUGAGUUGCAGGGGGGAAGAGCAGCCUGUGCUGUUCCAAACUUCAGGAACUGGAAGGUGUUUGAACAGCUGUGAGUUCAAACAACGUAACUGAGAGGAGGACAGCAGUGGAGAAACCACUAGAAGGUGAUGGCAGGGCAUGGAUAUGUCAUUGUGCGCUUCAAGGGUUGGAAAGUGAGAAUCUCUUAAAUGAGCCAUAGAGGGUAGGCACAGCAGAGUAAAACCUCCAGGAGAAGGAAAGAGGGGAGCACUGAGUACUUUCUAAACAAGAAACCCUUGAAGCUUUCCUGGUCCCCGUGGAAAAGGUACCAGGUUUGGUUCCUCUGGACUGUUCUGUGUUCACUGGGACAAGGCAGUGGCUUCUCCUGCCCCAGAAGCUGGCAGUGGUGCCACCCACUCCAGACCACCACUUCCACCGUCUGCCCGGGGGAACUGCACGCACCUUUCCUGCCUACCUUUCUGCACCAAAACCUUGCUGCGGAACAGGGGAGCGGUUUUGUCCUCUUGUUAAGGUGGCUAGCAAGAAUAAAGUACCUCUGCAAUAUUUCUCUUGAAGACAGGAAAAAAAAUUUGCAGCUAGUAAAUCACAGCUUUUUCAUUUGAAAAUCUGCAAGUCUAUCAUUCUAACCCCAUUUCUUCUGCUGUAAUUAGACACCCAAUUGUGCUUGUUUUGUCUUGGCAGGCAGCCUCUGCCUGUCCUUCACCUUUUAAAAUAUGUUUUCCCAGUAGCAGCCAAGAAUUGUGGCCCCAUAUAAGAAAUAACAAAACACAUGCACAUGUCAGAAGUUCCUGAGCCAGUGAGCCAAGACUUCUGCUGUCACAAGGCAGCAGCCCUCAAUAAAACCUGUUAGCCUGACAAAGCCCUGGUUUGGAACUACUCCCCCUUUAUCCCCUGUGCCUGUUCAUGAAGUUAGCCUCACACCACAUUUAGUCCAGCAGUCAUUUAAAAACCAAAAGCAAGGAAAUUCACAUUUUGAUUAGAAAUGUCCACUGUGCAACAAGGGCCAAAGUUCACGUGACUAUCUCCACACCACAAAAUAAAACUUAUUUGCAUAUUUGAUCAUUACCCGUGAUAGCAGCAGGUAAAAUAACAAGGUACAUUCACAUCUCCAGCAGUCAUACACCUUAUGCUUACUUGCAAUUCAAAAGAGGACAAAAAUAAUGAAAACCUAAAUCAGAGCUGAAGGCAAAAGGCAGGAAUGGCUGAAAGCUGUACCCAGAGCUGUUGCAGUGGUACAAACAGGCUCCCUUUCUUCCUGUAGCCAAGAACAGGGUUUAUUGCAGUGGUUUUGACCAGACCUUGAUCUCAUUAUAAACACUCCUGGUCUUGCAGCUGCACCAAUGUGAAAAUGAAAGCUGAAUCAAGUGGUGAUGUUGUUUUCCCCUCCAACACAGGCUAAGAGCAAUACUAAUUAUCUAAAGAAAUGACAAUAUUUAGACUAUUUCAGGAUGGUGUAAAGCACUCCGGAUGGAGUAACAGCAUGAAGUACUCCUGAUUCAGUGUCACCUUCAAGUUGAACACCACUCUGAACAUACUUGCUUUCAUGAACGAGCCUUGAAACCAAGUUCUGUUAAGAUUUCAGGCUGCUGAUUAUUUUCACAGUUACCCUUAAUUGUCCAACAUUUCUCCCCCUUCCAUGCUUUUCUUUCAGUAAUUGCAUGAUUUGUACAAAAAAAUUUGUAACAAAAAUACACAAAGUACAAACCGCAUACAAACCCCCACCACAUACUAGUUUAGACAGUCAUAUUAAAUACAUUGUUUUGGUGAAUUAAGAUUAAUCUGAAACCCUCAGAGAACAGCUGAAACUGCAGCCUCUAGGUCAGCUCAGUUACAGAAGGCACAGGCUGGAAACCCCGCUGAGUCUGUAAGGAGAAGUCCUUUAAGCAACCUGCUCCGACUGCAUCACUGACAGCAGAUGUAGAAUCAAACAUUAUUGCUGCCCUGCUGACACAAUCUGAACCCCAUUUGAUUAAGGAUGCCCUUCACGUUGUGUGCUUUGCACCUGGCCCUCAACAGCCAUUAAUUAUACAUGACCAUGGGUAGCAAGAGGUUGGACUUCCCAACUUCCCUCCCUUCAAAGCAUCAUCGACAAACCACUGCACGGUUUGUGCGUGUUUUAUAGCAAACAUAAGGAUUACCGAACCAACCGGUCAGAUGAAUAAAAUAAUAUUCUUAGUGGUGUAUCACAAGAGAAAUAUGCAAGAGCUCCUUGGCUCAAAACUACAAUACUAGCAUAAAUAUUAGCAUAAAGCACAUUCUAACCCUUUUGCCAUUUUCCA